AUGCCGCGGCCAUCGCGUGAAUCUUAUGGUGAUCAGAAGCCGCCAUACUCGUACAUCUCGUUAACGGCGAUGGCGAUAUGGAGUUCUCCGGAGCGCAUGUUGCCGUUGUCAGAGAUUUACCGGUUCAUCACGGAUCGUUUCCCGUAUUACAGACGGAACACACAACGCUGGCAGAACUCGCUAAGGCACAAUUUGUCUUUCAACGACUGUUUCGUGAAGGUGCCGCGGCGACCGGACAGACCGGGCAAAGGCGCAUACUGGACUCUGCAUCCGCAGGCUUUUGACAUGUUCGAAAAUGGAUCACUGUUGCGACGCCGUAAGCGUUUCAAGCUACAGAAAGGAGAGAAGGAUAAUCUGAGUGCGGAGUUGGCUGCUCUAGCGAGUUUCAAUAGAGCUUUUCUGGCUCGCCAGGCGGGAGCGCCGCCGCCGCCGGCGAUACCGAGUGCUAGUCUAUACACGCCGACUAUGUGCCCUCAGCUGAGUCCAGAGCCUGCAGAGUUGCCGGAGGUCGGUGGGAUGACGAUGCUGGUCCGAGAGCGUCCUAGGCGGGCGUUUACUAUUGAGGCGUUGUUAGAACCUGAACCACCGCGGUCACCGCCGUCGCCCCCGCAGCCGGUGAUGGCUAUGACUCUACCACCGUACGUGAUGGCGGCACAGCGGUACCACGCUGAGUUACUGGCUGCAGCACACGCGCUUCGUCCAUGUUACAUACCGCACCCGCUCUCAGUAGCGUGA